AUGGUAGAUUUUUUAGCAAAAGUAACGGAAAUAAAUCCUCCAUCCGAUGGUAAUGAUGGCGAAGAUAACAUAAAGCCACUUUCAAGUGGUUCAGAACAGCGACCAUUGAAAGAGGAGGGGCAACAAGGUCGCAGAAGGCACCACCGGCGGUUGUCCUCUAUGCAUGAGUAUUUUGACCCGUUUUCCAACGCAGAGGUAUAUUAUGGGCCAAUAACAGACCCAAGAAAACAGUCAAAAAUUCAUAGGCUUAAUAGAACCAGAACUAUGAGUGUUUUCAAUAAAGUUUCUGACUUCAAAAACGGAAUGAAGGAUUAUACUUUGAAAAGAAGGGGUUCCGAGGACGACAGCUUUCUUAGCAGCCAAGGUAAUCGUAGAUUCUACAUCGAUAAUGUAGAUCUCGCCUUAGAUGAGCUACUGGCUAGUGAAGAUACAGACAAGAACCACCAAAUCACGAUAGAAGAUACUGGACCCAAAGUUAUUAAAGUCGGGACGGCAAAUUCCAACGGUUUUAAGCAUGUUAAUGUUAGAGGAACAUAUAUGCUUUCCAACCUGCUGCAGGAACUGACCAUUGCGAAAAGUUUCGGAAGACAUCAAAUAUUUUUGGAUGAGGCACGUAUAAACGAAAACCCCGUUGAUAGAUUAUCAAGAUUGAUAACGACUCAAUUUUGGACGAGCUUGACAAGAAGAGUUGAUCUGUAUAAUAUUGCAGAAAUUGCCAGAGAUUCAAAAAUAGACACGCCAGGUGCUAGAAAUCCAAGAAUUUAUGUUCCACAUAACUGUCCAGAGCAGUACGAAUUUUAUAUUCAGGCAUCCCAGAUGAACCCAUCCUUGAAACUUGAAGUGGAAUACCUACCAAAAGACAUUACCGCGGAGUAUGUUAAAUCAUUGAAUGACACCCCGGGAUUGUUAGCACUGGCCAUGGAAGAACACGUCAAUCCAUCUACUGGUGAAAGGUCCCUAGUUGGUUACCCUUAUGCGGUACCUGGCGGUAGAUUCAAUGAAUUGUAUGGCUGGGAUUCAUAUUUAAUGGCACUGGGGCUCAUGGAAAGUAAUAAGGUUGAUGUUGCGAAAGGUAUGGUGGAGCACUUCAUAUUCGAAAUUGAUCACUAUAGUAAAAUUUUGAAUGCUAAUAGAAGUUAUUACCUUUGCAGAUCUCAACCUCCUUUCCUAACUGAUAUGGCUAUGCUUGUGUUUGAAAAGAUAGGAGGUAAAAACAACCCGAACGCUAUACAAUUCUUAAAACGGGCAUUCAGAGCUGCUAUUAAAGAAUACAAAGGAGUGUGGAUGUCGAGUCCUAGGUUAGAUUCUGCCACGGGGCUUUCCUGUUACCAUCCCGACGGUAUUGGUAUCCCUCCGGAAACUGAACCCGAUCAUUUCGAUACUAUAUUAUUACCAUAUGCUGAGAAGUACAAUGUUUCUUUGGAAAAGCUAAGGUACCUUUAUAACGAAAGCAUAAUUAAAGAACCAAAACUUGAUGCAUUUUUUUUACAUGAUCGUGCCGUGAGAGAGUCGGGACAUGACACAACUUACAGGUUUGAAGGCGUAUGUGCAUAUUUGGCGACAGUUGAUUUAAAUUCCCUACUCUACAAGUAUGAGAGGGAUAUUGCUUACGUUAUUAGGGAAUAUUUUAGCAAUGAAUAUAAAGACGAGAAUGAUGGAACGGUGACUAAUUCUGAGCACUGGGAGCAGUUAGCUGAAAUAAGAAAGACUAGGAUUAACAAGUAUAUGUGGGACGAAGAAUCAGGGUUUUUCUUCGAUUAUAAUACUAAACUGAAAUGUAGAACGUCUUAUGAGUCUGCAACGACAUUUUGGAGUUUAUGGGCUGGCCUUGCAACUGAAGAGCAAGCAAAAAUCACAGUAGAAAAAGCCCUUCCUCAGUUGGAAAUGCUUGGUGGGUUAGUUGCAUGCACAGAGAAAUCAAGAGGCCCCAUAUCCAUUGAUAGGCCGAUCAGGCAAUGGGACUAUCCUUUUGGUUGGGCACCGCAUCAAAUAUUAGCUUGGAAAGGCUUAUCUGCAUAUAAUUAUCAACAAGUAGCUACAAGAUUAGCCUAUAGGUGGCUCUACAUGAUUACAAAAUCAUUCGUUGAUUAUAAUGGAAUGGUGGUAGAAAAAUAUGAUGUGACAAGAGGAACUGACCCGCAUCGCGUUGAUGCAGAAUACGGAAACCAAGGUGCUGAUUUUAAGGGCGUCGCUACAGAAGGCUUUGGUUGGGUGAAUACAAGUUAUUUGCUUGGAUUGAAAUACAUGAACAACCAUGCAAGAAGGGCUCUCGCUGCUUGUAGUCCGCCACUGCCGUUUUUCAAUAGUUUGAAACCCUCCGAGAGAAAAUUGUACUACCUUUAA